AUGGAUCGUCGGACAUAUGAAAGUCCCAUGGAAUGGGAAUACCAGGAUCGUGGCCCUUUGGAUGCAACCAGCCCAUUUUCUCAAGUUGCAAAAAGCAGUAACCAGAAUAUCUUCAACUCCCCCAACAAAUUUGCCAGUUCCCGGCCGAACCUCUUCGCGAGCAGCCCCUCCAAGCCGAACUCUUUUGCGAACAGCCCGUCGAAGCCGAACCCUUUUGCGAACAGCCCGUCGAAGCCGCUUCCCUCUCUCCCACCGCAGACGUCUCUCUUUUCCCCGAGAAUCCAGAGCAGCCACACGGCACCGCCGUUCCGUAACCCUGCCUUCACGACACCGCGCAAGCCCUUCGAUGAGUCGGCAUUUUCGGAAGCCUCUGGCGCAGAAAGUAGCCCCGCGUUGACGGAAAAUUCAGAGUUUCCAGACGACACCCCCGACGUCGACCGAUUCGCAGACGCAAACAUGGGCACCGUGACACCCUCAAAGGUGGACAAGAGCCACCGUUACGGCAAGGCCGGCCUGCUGUCGUCGAAGCGCCACGCGCCGGGCAAGGGGGAGAUUCCUAGAGGCGCACGAGACUACCCCGCCAUAAGAAAGCGGAAGAGGCAUAAUCUGGAUCGCGACGUCGGUGGGAGCGCUCGGUAUCACGGAUCGCAGGACUGGGAUUCCGAAGAAGACUCGGAGGAUGACGAACAUCGUCAGGGGUCGAGCCGCAGCAAGAACAAGAAGAAGAGGAAUGGUCGCAGCUGGAUCGGCAACCUAUUCUACACUCUCGAGGAACACCCCAACGCUCCCGAGAAUCUCUACCGGUGGAUACAACUCCUAGUCAACUGCAUCAUUGUCUCCGCGUUUGUGUUCUUCUGCUGGUCCAUUCUGGACACAGUCCGGUCCGACAUUCGCAACGCAAACGACGUGGCCCGUCAGGAGAUCGAGAGCAAGAUGGCAGAGUGCCGGUCGGAAUACCAACUCAAUGAGUGCGCCAAGAAGGACAGGCCGGCUCUGAAAGCCAUGUGUGACGAGUGGUACGAGUGCAUGAUUCAGGAUCCGUCCGCAAUUAUGCGUGUAAGAGUUACGGUCAAGCAAAUCGCAGAGAUUCUCAACGAGUUUGCCGGCGCAAUGCAAGUCAAGGCUUGGGUAUUCUUCUUUGGCAUUCUUCUUCUCUGCAUCGUUGCCAACAACCUCACAUUGGGCCGUCUGGCGAACACGGCCGCCGCAAACCGACCGGCGCCGGCCCACCGCGCGGCAUCAGGGGCGCCGGAGCCGUCUGUGAUCCCGGAGCCUUCACAGGCAUACAUGUGGGUGCCGAUCCAGACGCCGUCACACCGCCGACACCUCAAGUACGACAGCGACGCUACGGACACGGAUGCAUCGCCGCCAAAGAUGAAAUCGAUCAUGCCACCCCGGACGCCUUCGGGACGCCGAAGCCCCAGCAAAGUCAACCUGAAGCGCGCAAGUACUGCCGAUAUGGAGGAGGCAUCCGGUGGCCAGUCGCAGGCUCAGCCCGGCGCCGAUGCUGCCUCCUCCGCGGGGGCAUCUUCUGCUCCCGCUCCCACGCCCGCCCCCGCCCCCGCUCCGACACCCUCCGCUCCGACGCCGGCAGGCACUUCUGGCCCUGGCCAGUUGUCCAAGAGGAGGAGAGGUCUGGGUGUUGUCACCCCUAAUGCUUGUACCGAAUGUCGAAAGAAGCGCGCCAAGUGCGAUGGCCACAAGCCAUGCGGUCGCUGUAAGGCCCAGAAGGACGUGGAAUGUGUUUACGAAAUUCCUGUCCGCCAAUCGAAGGAACAUUUACGAACCGAGAUCGAACAGCUGCGUCAACGCCAGCGGUCCAGCGACCAGGUCAUCGCCGCCCUGGUGCGGUCUGACAUGUGGGAAGAUGUGCUCCAACGACUGCGCAAUGGCCAAUCUCUCGAAUCAGUUUCAGAGUGGUUAGGUGGCACAGUUCCAUCCGGCGGUGGUGCGAGGCCAUCCUUUGGGCGCCAAGGAGAGUCAUCCGGCGACGCGGGCGCCAGUUCAGGCGCUCGCCACGGGUUCCCUGGGCCAGCGCCCAUCAGGACGAGAAACUUAGGAGGCCCGGGGUCGGUAACCAUGAGUCCCAUCACAGGACAGUCUGGGUUGCGUCAAGAUUUGGACCCCAAUAGCCCAUGGCAUCUUUCAUCUCAUAGCCAGAGUACUAGGAGCAACUCUCACCCCGACUUGAUGAACUGGAGUGCAGACACCAACAGGCCGCCUCAAGGGCCCAUUGACACGUGGCCUGAGACUGCUAGCAAUACGGAGGCAUCUGAAGGUGGAAGAUAUCAGGGUCUUGAUCAGGUGCUCGCGCCGCUGGAAUUGCCCGACAUGAAGCUUCCGCCAGAGAACUGGACGAACAUUACCGAGGAUGGCUCUCUCGUUCAACAUCUGCUUGCCCUGUACUUUUGCUGGGAGUACCCAACCUUCGCAUCGUUGAGCAAAGAACACUUCCUAAGAGACUUCCAAAACGGUGUCCACCGAUACUGCUCACCGAUUUUGGUGAAUGGUCUUCUGGCCUUGGGUUGUCGAUUCUCAAGCAAGUCUAGCACGCGAGCUAAUCCCAACGAUCCCUACACCUCGGGCGACCACUUCUUCAAGGAAGCGCAACGACUGUUCUACCUCGAGGAGGACCACCACCGAUUAACGACCAUACAAGCCUUGGGGAUCAUGUCUAUACGCGAAGCCAGCUGCGGGCGGGACUCUGAAAGUUGGUACUAUGCAGGUCAGAGCAUUCGUCUGGCCAUCGAAAUGGGUCUGCAUCAGUUGCAGGAUGAAGGAGACGACGAUGAAUUUGCGGUUCAGGCGGCCACGUUUUGGGGCGCCUUUGCCCUCGACCACGCUUGGUCUUUGGCAACAGGUUCCCUUCCUCAAUGUUCAUGCUUCCCUCUUCUACCACCAAAACCCGCCAUAAUUGAUGACAUCGAAGCAUCGCUGUGGAUUCCCUACACGGACGAUGGUGAGUCUAGCACCCCGUUGCUCGUCAUGCACCGAUCAGCCGAACAGCCGUCCAACGUUAGAUCCGUUUACAAAUGCUUCUGUGAAUUGAGCGAGCUUGUGCAUCAAAGUCUCUACAUACUCCACUCUCCUGGCAGACCAUUGACCAGCCGCGACCUCCUGGGCAUUUACACUCAAUACCUGAACUGGUAUGACAGAAUACCCGAAGUGCUUAGGCUGGGCCAUAACUUCACCCCCGCCGUGCUCUUUGCGCAUAUGUACUAUCACUUCGCGAUUCUCCUUCUCUUCCGGCCACUCAUCAAGCUUCGAAUCAUUGGCUCCAAACUUCUGCCCAGGGACGUGUGUAGCCAGGCAGCAGAUGCGAUCCAGGGCCUUCUCCGCUCUUAUUCACAACUGUACACACUGCGGCGGACACCGUCGUUUGUACCAUACUUUGUUCUCACGUCUGCCAUCAUGCAUCUAGCUAUCGGGGCAUCUCGUCAACCAACCGCUGAGGCGGCCGCCGAAACGCCUCACCCGCCUCGCGUCGUCGAAGCAAUCAAGCAGGGCAUCAGGGACUUGGAAGAGAUGGCCCCCUGUCAUCACUUUGCGGAACAGGCACUCAACAUCCUCCGAUACCUGGCGAAGAAAUGGGGCAUGAAUGUGGAUAUGGGACAAACACCCAGGUCGGACGCAGAGUAUGCGCACCUGGUUAGACCGUAUACGAGCAGCCUCAAUUUCUUCGCACCGAACGUCAUCGAAGACGACUUCAUCUGCCUGUGGGGAGGCGGUGCGGACGAGAGCGGGGAGGCGAAAGCAGCAAUGGGGAGUGGGCGUGAGGGAAGCCCGUCGGUCUCGCGGGCAGCGCAAGUGAUGGAGAACCCGCUGUUCUGGCCAUUCCCGAUGCAGGGACGACCAAUGCUCCCAACCGGACGCGAGCUCGAGGAAGCCGGAUUUGAGAGACUCUAG